AUGUACGUUUCCCAAGAUGAAAAAUUUAAAAUGUUAUUGGAAGAAAAAUUAAGAAUUAAAGAAUUGGAAAAUGAAGGAAUCGGAAAAGGGAAGAAACCGGAAGUAGAAGGCGAAACGGAAUAUGAAAUUCCGGUAGUAAAUUAUUUAUUUAAAGAAACGAAACGGAAAUCAUUUGACGAUUUGAGGUCGAAUACAAAUUUCGUGGAAACUUCUAGAAAACAUUCAUAUUCGUUUUCCGACGGUGAAUUUUUAACCGACGAAGAUGGUAAAAUAAAUUUACCCUUUUACAUGGAACCAUUUCGCGAAAAUGCAACAUUGACCGGGAUAAAUGGGAAAAAUGACGGGAAUAAUAAUAAUAAUAAUAAUAAUAAUAAUAAUAAUAAUAAUAAUAAUAAUAAUAAUAAUAAUAAAUUAAAACGUGGGGAUGCUUUUAUCGACUUGAUAGAAACGGAUUUGGAUUCGUUUUAUCAUCCGGAAACGGAAGGGAAAAAAAUUGGUAAAAAAUAUAAAUUUUCACUCGUCGAUUCAAAAGACGAAGAAAAAUGUCGAAAAGAUGAUGAGAAAAACACGAAAGACGAACAACAAUCUGCGAUGGAAAAACAAGACAAAAAAAAAAGAUUUUCAUUUCCGUUAAAUUUAAAAAAAAAUAACGGAAAUUCUACGUUCGUUACUCAUGGUUCCCUCGAAUCCCCCGAGAAAAAUUAUAAAAAAAUUAUUAUUAGACUUCCGUGGAUGGGAAAGGGAAAGGAAAAGUUGAAAAAUGAUACGUCUACUGACACGUCGGAUUCGGAAUUCGAAGACAAAAAAUCACCGUCGAUUAAUAAUUCAGAAGAAGGAGAAGAAAAAGGAAGUAAAGAAACGAUCGAAAAAGACGAAAAUGAAAAUUUAUUGAUUGAUUUUAAAACGGAUAUCGAUAAACCGGAAGAAGUUGUUAAAAUAAAAAAAAUUUCUUUUUUCGAUGACGACGAUGAGGUUCAAGUUCAAAGUUCAAAUUUCGAGAAAGGCGAGGAAAAUGCAAAACAAUUUUACGGGAUUUUAAAACCCUUCGAUUUACCGGAAGUUAAAAAAAAAACAAGGAAGAGGAGGGAAAGGGAAGGAAAAUGGGAAAAAGAUCCGAAUCCUUUGAAAAAUAUGUUCAAAACGAAAACGAAAAGAAAUACGUUAGAAAGCGAUGACGUCAGUCCGACUACGUCACGUGAAAACGAUAAUGGCGGAAGCUUAGAAGGGAAAAAUUUAAAAGGCUACGAGUCGAAAGGCCGUGAAAAAUCAAAGGAAGCAACAAAUCGAUUAUCAUUUUCGAAAUAUUUUAAUCGUUCAAACGAAGAUAUCGAUGACGUCAUAAAUAAUGAUGAUGGUUUCAGUUCGGAUAAAUUAACGGUUUUCACAUAUGAAAGGAGCGAUACAGAAAGUGCUGAUCACGGUUCGGCAGAUAAAUCAUCGAUGUCAAAAUUAACAAGCGAAAAACAGCCGAAAAAAUUAAUGAACGGACUUUUUGGAUCUUUUAGAAAAAAUAAAUCAAAAGUCAAAAUAAACCUCGACGUUGAAUCUCAGAAACAAGAUAAUAAUGGAACAAUGAGUUUCGACGUUGUCGUUAAGGAACCUUCUGAAAAUGGUGACGUUCAAGUCGAAGAUGUCAAACCUGAGGGAAUCGUUUACGCGGAAUUAGAUAUUGCAAGAUCACCCCCGGGUGGUAACGUCGUCACGAGAAGAGACGAAGGUGAUAAAACGGAAUAUGCCGAAAUUAUAUAUCCGGGGAAUAAGACGAUGACGUCAGAGAGAUCGAUCGGAGGGGAAUUGAGAAAAAGUCGUGAAAAUUUAUUUUCAUCAAGUCGUGAAAAUCUUUCGGAAAAAGUCGGUGGAGAAGAAUACGAGACGACCGUUACGCCGGAUGGUAAAAAAGAAGCGGCCGUUUAA